CAAAGAGAUUCGCGCCAAAACCUACGAGUGAGCUUCGGCGGUCGCUCAGUCGUGGAAGGUGUGGCAGGUCGGGAACACUCGCUGUGCGCAGUCCGGCAUGAAGGCCCGCUUGGAGAUGUCGGCUGUGGCGCUGGCUGUGUGGGCGGCGGCGGCUUGGUGCUGCGGGUGGCUCCCCGCCGCCAGGGGUGCCAACAUCCUGGCCGUGUUCCCGAUGGAGGGCCGCAGCCACUGGAUCGUGAACCGCGAGCUGCUGGUGGAGCUGGCGCGCCGCGGCCACAACCUGACCGUGGUGACGCCCUUCCACCAGCCGGGCGACCCCUGGGAGCUCGUCAAGCCCACGGUGCCCCUGGCGGGCAGCGCCAAGUUCGACUUCCUGGGCUACGGCUCGCUCCCGACGUUCACGCAGUUCAUGAUCCUGUUCCACAUGGGCACGGACUUCUGCCAGCGCCUGAUGGACGACCCGGCCGUUCGCGAGCUGAUCGACUCCCAGGAGCGGACGUACGACCUGCUCAUCAUGGAGACGUUCUUCCACGACUGCUUCUUCGCCUUCUCGCACAAGUACCGGGCGCCGACUGUGCUCGCGUGCGCCUUCGGCGGCGGCAACUCCUGGAUCAACUACGCGGUCGGCAACCCGUACCCGCUGUCGUACCUGCCCGAGGGCGGCGUGGCCUACACGACCCGCAUGAGCCUCUUCCAGAAGACCUACAACUCUCUGCUCUCCCUCGCACUCAACCUCUACCGGGAUCUGGUCUACUUCCCGGCCCUAGACGAGAUCGUGCGCAAGGCCUUCGGUGACCCGAGCAUGCCCCCCCUGGCGGAGAUGGAGCGCAACAUGUCCCUGCUGCUGCUCAACAAUCACUUCAGCUUCGACUACGCGAGGCCGUUGGUGCCCAACGCUGUGCAGGUCGCUGGGAUGCACAUCAGGCCUCCUAAGGCCCUCCCAAAGGACCUGCAGGAGUUCAUGGACGCCGCCACCGAGGGUGUGGUCUACUUCAGCAUGGGUAGCAACAUCAAGAGCGCCGACCUGUCCGAGGAGUUGCGGGCGGUCUUCCUGAAGACGUUCGCCAGGCUGAAGCAGAAGGUGCUCUGGAAGUUCGAGGACGACUCACUGCCGAACCAGCCGCCCAACCUUAGGAUCAGCAAGUGGUUUCCACAAAGCGACCUGCUCGUGCACCGCAACGUGCGGCUGUUCGUGACGCACGGCGGCAUGAUGAGCCUGCAGGAGGCGCUGUACGCCGGCGUGCCGCUGCUCGGCUUCCCCAUCUUCGGCGACCAGGAGGCCAACCUGAUGCGGGCGCGCGACGCCGGCUUCGGCCUGCUGCUGCGCAUCCACAACAUCACCGAGCAGUCGCUCGGCUGGGCCCUCGACCAGCUGCUCGGCGACCCCAGGUACGCUGAGAGGGCGCGCCAGUGCUCGCGGCUGUUCCACGACCGGCCGGAGCCGCCGCUGCAGCUGGCGGCGCGCUCCGUCGAGUACGUGCUGCGGCACGGGGGGGCGCGCCACAUGCGGUCGGCGGCGCUCGAGCUGCCCUGGUACCGCCUGCUGCUGCUCGACGUCGCCGCCUUCCUGCUGCUGUGCGCGGCGGCCGCCGCCCUGGCCGCCGCCCUCGCAGUCCGCUUCCUCGUGCGGAAACUCUGCGGCGCCGCGGCUGUGCGGGGGAAGAAGACCGCGAAGAAAGACUGAGCGCUGCGGCGCCGCCUGCGGGCACUGUCGCGCGUCACUUCGAGACAGGCGUCGCCGCAGCUGGGGACCGUUCCGACAAAACUCGGCAGACGCCACUUUUUUUCGUUCCUUAGCUGUGCUGGCGUAAACUCUCGCCAGCACACCGGUCGUCAAAGCUGAAGCGCAAAGAUCGGUAGUAGGAGCUGCAUCGAGCUCGUCUGUCAGGAGAGAGGACAGACACACACGCACAACAGACCACACGUCGGUCGCAAACUCUCGCGAUAGGCGCGCUCGAUCUAGCGCCCACUAUCGAUCUUUCCGCUUCAGCUUUUCCGACCGGUGUACUGGCGACAGCUUACGCCAGCACGUUAACGGAUUUUGGUACUUCUAUAGGAGACUCACACAAUGGUUUAAAAGAAUAUACGACCAAACUGAAUAUUCGCUCUCGUAAAAUGCUCCCGAAUGUAGUAAAUUUUGGUAAAACUCGACAAGUCCAUUUUUCUUAAAACUCCACCAAUCCUGUUCUAUACUCCAUUGUUGAAACUUGUUGUCGUUGUUGUUGUUGUUGUUGUCGUCUUCAGUCCUGAGACUGGUUUGAUGCAGCUCUCCAUGCUACUCUAUCCUGUUGCAACGUACGGGGGUUUAUUGUAAAAUCAUCGAUAUAUUGAAAAAUAUCUAUUGCUUGUCUUACAACACCUUGAGUUGCUAUCUAACUUACGUUGGCUCUGUUUACACGCGCGGUUAUGCCCCCAGUAUCAUUUGCAUCGAAAUUAUCAUUACACUCUAAUUAUUAAACAAAAAUAUGGUGAUUGCUAGCUACGAAAUCAAUAAUGCGGUGAUUAGCAUAUGAUACCAAAUUAAGAUUUAUUCAGAACAGGAUGAGCAAUAUUUGUAGCCUAACGUGACAAUACAAUACACUCGCUAACCUAACUAGCCUAUCAUUGGCACAAUGUAUCCUCUUUUCCUAACUCCUGAAGUCAACACUGAACCCGCAAGUGACCCUAUUGCAGUUCUGCCUGAUCGGACACAGACUCAGAGAGCGCCAGUCAGAGAGCUAGCGGAAUACGAACUCAUUUAGAAUUACAGUGCCCUACUUUGGCUGAUGAUUGCUAAUAUCACCGUAAUUCUCCGUGACGAUUACGACGGUCGGCCCAGCCAACGUCGUGAUGCCGUCUUUCCCGUGAGCGAGCUUGGCUUCAAUCUCCAACGUGGACGUGGUUUGCGCCCGUAUACUCCUGUACGUAAGUGUUCAAUUGCGCAGUUCGUCACUAGUCAAUACUCAAGCUACUUGCACAUAUGCCAAGAGUAGUUGGUCGACUCGAGUGCGCGGCAGCAAAGGUACACUUCAGAUUGCAUAUGAACACCACAAGUUAGUACAAAUCUGUUUCUCUCCUCACAGGAACAGAUAAUGCUACGUGUGUGGAGUCGUACGCUCUAAACUAUUCAGACUUUGAGAGUAACUACUGGACUCAGUGCCUGUAACUUCUCCAACCUACUCCUCUCCACGCUCUCCACGCAGGGCAGCCAGACACCGCGACUGCUCUCUUCCACAGCCGGCCCCAGAGUCGUCCAUCAGAAUUUUUGCAAACCUGGCCGUUUUUCGCCGCAUGGAUCCGUGCGCGUUGGUGGCCAAUCACGACACAGACUUCCAUGUAUCCGUGCGCGUUUGUACCCAACCACGACACGGAAUUCUCCCGCGGUUACUGUUGCCGCCAAACCUGUGAAGGCCGGUUCCCACUAGGGCUGCCGCGCGUCAAAACGGCGCGUCAGCGGCGUGGUUGCCAUGGAAACGGCGUCAGCGGCACGGCGCGGCGGGCUCUGCGUCGCGGUUUGACCAUGUCGAACCGCUUCCGCUGCCGCGUGACGCGCCCCAGGUGCGCGCCGCCAAUCACAGAACGCGCUGAGCGUGACGUCAGGCAUGAGAAAACAUGCAUAAUGGAAUAUGUGAAAGAGUACACUGUACAGAAAAUGAAAAAUUGGUAUGUCUUCACCCAACUUCGUCUUUCCUCCAUGUAGGUGUAAGAUAUAGUUCUUCAAACGCACCGGGAGUUUCAGUGGGUCCCGACCCGUACCUAAGUAGCUGUCCGUCAUUGGCUACCGCUAGCGUCUGCCGCUUCCAGAUGGGAACGCCAAUUCCGCGAGCCGCCGCGUCAAAGCAGAAAACGCUUGCCGCUGCCGCUGCCGCACGACGCGCUGCCGCGCUCUAGUGGGAACCGGCCUUAACACGUAUCUCUACGCGCUCUGCGCCAGUCCCAUCACAGUCUUCCGCAAAUUUUCCACUGUGGCGCGAAAUCGUCUUUCUCUCUUUCGCAUAUAGCUCCUUCUCGCUUCUUGUUGUGAUGGCCCAGCCUCUCCGAACGUCUUUGGUGGUCUCAAGUGCCAGCCGACAAAGGGGUCCGGCCGCGGCCAUCCCGUUAGUUUGACAUCACAUAGACACCUUACUUAGGGGUUCCGGCCGUGUUCCAGCCUCUGAGCCGAUCUCGUUAGUCGACAUGACACACACAACUUCCUUUUCUGUGUCCAUUCUCUCCUACCCGUGGGCCAAUUAUCAAUUAUUAUUCGGUGUAUUAGUACUGAUUUAGCAUCAUGUAAGGUACAAAAUCUGCUACCUUACACUGUGCAAGCUUCUUCAUCUCCCAGUACCUACUGCAACCUACACCCUUCUGAAUCGGCUUAUUGUAUUCUGCUGUUGGCCUCCCUCUACGAUUUCUACCCUCCACGCUUCCCUCCAAUACUAAAUUCGUGAUCCCAUGAUGCCUCAGAACAUGCCAUACCAACCGAUCCCUUCUUCUUGUCAAGUUGUGCCACAAACUCCUCUUCUCCCCAAUUCUGUUCACUACCUCCUCAUUAGUUAUGUGAUCUACCCAUCUAAUCUUCAGCAUUCUUCUGUAGCACCACAUUUCAAAAGCUGCUAUUCUCUUCUUGUCCAAACUAUUUAUCGUCCACGUUUCACUUCCAUACAUGGCUACACUCCACACAAAUCCUUUCAGAAACCACUUCCUCACACUUAAAUCUAUACUCGACGUUAACAAAUUCCUUUUCUUCAGAAACGCUUUCCUUGCCAUUGCCAGUCUACAUUUUAUAUCCUCUCUACUUCGACCAUCAUCGCUUAUUUUGCUCCCCAAAUAACAAAAGUCAUUGAAACUUAGAACACAAAAUUUAGAUGUUAACUUUAAUAUCCUUUACACUCGCACAUGUUAAUUGUCAUGCAGCCGCACAACAUCCUGCGAGAAAAACGGACUCUUUGCUAAGUGUCUCUUGGACAACAAUACGUAUUGUCCCACUUAGUUAUCUCCCGUGUUCACUCACUGUUUCACUACGACACAAGUAGGUACUGCAGUAUAACUCUUGUUCAAACAUCAUUAUUAAGACUUUAGAACAUUCGGAAGAUUCUGAAACACUUCACAAGGUGAAAAGUGCAACAUAAAGCAUGAGUCGUCAACGUCAAAGAGAGACAAGUGCGCACUUGCACCCUCAAACGAAGAUCUCGAUACAGAUUGUAACUGUAGUGAAACAACAACAGAAACAACGUCUGAAGCAGGAUAUUUGUGUUUCAAUAAUCUCAUUCGUUUUAGAGAUAGCCUCUAUACAAAUAAAACAAAGAUUUUACAGGGUGAUUUCUUACUACGCUUAUUAUAGGUACAUUAGACUUUUCCUGGUCAAUAAAUACGCGCAAGAUGGAAAUAAUUCUAAAGGAAGUUAGGCAUCCAAAAUAAAUGAGUCUGCGACAAUUUCUGGCUUGUGCUAAACUUUUCAGGGCCGAAAAACCAUGAAAAUUUUGAACUCCUACAGUUUUUCUUUUAUUAACUCGAUAACGAUACAUCCCACCAAAAAUUUCCAAAAUCGGAAUGAAAGAGCAUAAAAUUUCGCAUAGAGUUCUCUACCCAAGAUCUAUUAGCGAUUCACCUGUUUAGCCACAAUCGACUGUCAAAAAUCUCCAAUUUUUAUCAGUUUUGCGGGAAAGUGAGUUAUGCUCGUGGUCCUACGUCAAUAACUCAAAAACUGCUUAUUCAAAUGAAAAGUACCAUACACAAGAGGUGUAGAUGAUCAGUCUCUGCAUAAAAAGAGCUUCUAUAUUUUAAAAUUCACUCACUCCUUUGCAAAGGUACGAAUAACAAUGUAAAUGUAAUCGCAGAGCUAAGAAAAGAAAAGCGCGUGGAAACAUGAAUAUGUUGGGUUUUGUAAAAAUUUGUAAUUUCUAACUUGUUUUUCCUCAAUGAAGAAGGUUAAUGAUGAACUUCGGUUUUUCUCUAUCGACCCCUAUCUACAUGGAUGACCAGUAUUACAUUUUUCAAAUUGUUCGAAUCAAUCAUAUUAAGUACAACUAUAGAAUACAUCUUCUGUAAAAUACUAUAAAUGGCGUUUGUUGAGUUUUGUUAAGACGGCCCUCAAUUGGCUAUCGAAUAUCUGUGGUAUCGGGAGCGGCAUCGAAGAGGCGACUCAUGGACCACGGUGCCUUCCCUCUUUUCCUCCCCCCCCUUCCCUGCCACAACCCCCUCGGCUUACGUAAAAAAAGAAAAACCCUUCCCGUCCCCACCGUCUGCAUCUGUCCUGUAAAAUCCGCUCCAGCCUCCCCCCCCCCCCUUGAAAGAUGGUUUGUAACCAUCCCCCCUCUCCCGCCGUCCUCACUGACCAACUUCCCCCCAGCUUCACCAAGAACCACAUUCUAUAAACAGUGUAAUUAUUGUGACAGUUUAACCCUUAACUCACGGGGUAACUUUUCUGUAACGUAUACUACGAGGGAUCUCUCAGAUACCUCAGUUUAAAGUGAGAUUCAAUGCCCCAAUCAUUUGAAAUUUAUAAUUUCUCUUAUAUAAAAUUUAUUUCUACAAUUAUUUAA